AUGGAAGAUGCGAGCGCGAGGGGAAAAGAGGAACAGUGUGACGUGAACGAAAAGUACUUACUGCGUCGGGAUGCCGGUCACCUCACUCCCCCACCCCCCGUCCUUACCUCGUGGCACUGUCUUGUGCAGACUCUCGGGAACUUCACCUCUCGUGGCAGCGAUUUCAGUAUACAACACAAGGGAAACUGCAAGAAAUCAUUUGGCAUACUCUUGGCAGCCCCUUUUGGCGUUUAUGGCUGCACGUCUGAACACAUGAUUGAGACUAAUAACACGAGAGGCUCCGGUGAUGGGGACGAGGAAUGGGUAGGACCACCCCGGUAUCAUAUCCCAGCAUCACCCCAGCAGCCUUCAGCCUCCCCAGCACCACAUCCCAGCAUCACCCUCCAGCAGCCUCCAGCCUCUCCAGCACCAUAUCCCAGCAUCACCCCCAGCAGCCUCCAGCCUCCCCAGCACCACAUCCCAGCAUCACCCCAGCAGCCUCCAGCCUCCCCAGCACCACAUCCCAGCAUCACCCCAGCAGCCUUCAGCCUCCCCAGCACCACAUCCCAGCAUCACCCCAGCAGCCUCCAGCCACCCAGCAGCACCUCCCGGGCCUCCCCUGCGCAAUGA